AACCAAAAGCGGGCCGGCGCAGCAGAGGAGUGACCACGACACAGCGGGGUUCGCGACGACGCUGAGGAAGGCCCCUGGAUUAGCGUCAUCGUUGCUGCAGCAGCCCGACCCCGCUUCGGCUACAAGGCUUCGCAGUGGCUACUCCACGCCUGCACGUCUUUCCGCGUCGGACUACGCUUGACGGAGUGGACUAGCUGCGGUUCGGUGCAGUGACAUUGGACUCCGACUCAGUGGAAGUGACGUCCAACGCUCAUUUUGAUUCGUUCUCCUGACCCAAAGCGGGCAGCGCUCGAGAACUGAAGUGCGCUGCCUGAUACAGCGUAUAGAAAACAUCUUUGGGAACGUUCCUACCGACACCUCGGGAUGCACACGCUAAAGGUUCUGACCAUACUUGCCUGUGCGGCGCUAGCGGCUGCCGGCUCGAGAAGUUCGAGUCGAGGAUACUCCACCCCAACGGCCGGAUACGGUGAUUCGUCGUACGGCUCGUACAAAGGAAGCAAGGGCUCCCGGCUGUCGUACGCUUCGCUCUCCGGCGAAGGGCAGCAGUCCGACCUUUCGCUGGGCGCUCCCAAGGUGGCCAAGGGCAUUCUGCUCUCCAUCCGCGUGGUGAACCCCGACGAGAGCUCGGGUCAACCCACGUACGCGGCCCAAGUGCCCAUCCACUUCUCCGGAGGGCGCGUCACAACGGGGCCCGUCGUGUACGGCCGCGAGCAGCCCUGCCCCGAGGACCACGUGCACGGAAGCAGACAGCUGCAGAGCAUCGUCAGCAGCUACUCCGGUGGUGGAUCGAGGGGUAGCCGUGCCUACUCCCCCGCACACUACCAGAAUGCGCUGUCGGAUGCCAAGAGCUACAGCGUCAGCCAGCAGAUCCAGGUUGGUGUACCGAGCACUGCCAAGACGUACCAGUAUCACGGCCAGUCGUACGCCGUGCCCGUGAGUGCCGUUCCCGCCACGGCUUCUCAGGAGGACGCCAAGUCGUACGUUGCUUACGCUGGUCAGUCGGCGGCCGGUCCCCACUACCAGCAGGGCUACCAGGUCGCCCAGGCUCCGGCUGCCGCAUACCAGAACGGCGCUGUCAGUGACGGAAAAGGAUAUCCAGGAACCGCUUACGCGCACGGAGGACACGCUUACCAGGUCGUCGCCCAAGGAGGUGACGGCCAAGAGCACGUCUAUGUGACGGCGCAUCCCGGUGCGCAUGGCGGACACGGAGGUGCCACGGCCGUCGCGCAGAAGAGCUACUCGCCGUACGCAGUCCAGGACACGUACAGUGUCGAGGCGACGCCGUCCAAGUCAUACAGCGGCGAAACGGGAGCUUCGGGCAAUGCUAUCAACGGCCAACAAGCAUCGUACGAGGUGACGGAUGGGGGCCACGGCAAAGGCGGAUACGCUGGCCACGCUGCGUACGCUGCUGCCCCUGGCUACGCCGGCGGACCGAGCUACGGUGGUGGCGGCCAAGGUGGAGCCAGCUACGCUGCCCUAGUGGGACGUGGAUACUCGGCCGCUGCGGGACCCAGCUACGGUGGUUCGGCUGGACCAAGCUACGGAGGAGCGGCAGGGCCGACCGGAGGAUACGACAAACCGGCGUACCAGGUGGCGGCAGUUUAUCCGGGAGCUCAGCCCACGUACGGUGUCAACGCAGCUGCCUUCAAGGCGGCUGCCGCGGCAAGGGCAUACGGAAGCUACGGAGGAAGCGCAAGCGGAGGAGGAGAGGAGCAGACCAUCAUCGUGGCCUCGGAUGGGCCUGCCGGUGGAGACGGUAGUGGCAAGUCGUACGGGUCGUACCAGGGAGCGGCGGGACCGUCCUACCAAGUCGCGAGCGCAGCGGCUCAGGCGUACAAGCCCGGACAACAGCAGCAGCAGCAGCAGCAGCAGUACGCCGGGCCGCAUCAGCAGGCGUUUAGCCGGUACCCUAACUCCGGAUCCGGGUCGUAUUACUCUGGAACUUCGUUCGCGGAAGCCAACAGGCUCGCCCUGCAGAAGUACAACGCCCUCAUGAGCCGAGCUGCUUCCAUAGUUGGUGGCCCGCAAAAUCUCAAGGCAGUUACGGCGCGGUACAACAUCCCCUGGAACUGAUGGACCAAAGUAUGAAAACGUGGGAAAAUGAAAACUAAUAUGGGGUGACCAGGCGCCGCCUCAACAAGCCACUCAGCCACAUCUGUUGACGACUAAGAAAAAAAAAACCCUGCUCCUUGUUUAAAAGUGGCCGCGGUGGUUGCCGGGAAACCCUUGUACAGUAUUUUUAUUUUUUUCUUUUGUAAAAUAGUGCGUUUUUUAGUACCUGUGCUGUUCACAUUUUCGCCUGUGUUACCAUGUGUCGCCAUGUACAUUGUCAAUGUCAUUAAUAAAACAAAGAA